AUGGCCCAUUGUGAGCGGGCCUCCAGGCCACUCAUCCAAUGCCUGUCGAAAUCUUCAGUUAGAGGCAUUUCCAGCGUUCAGCUGCAGACGCGCGCCUUCCAGACAACGGCUGCCGUCCAGGAGGAAGCCCAGGCCGAGGCGCCGAAACAGGCCUUCUACAAGUCGCCAGACCCGGCACUGGUGUCAAGUCCUCGCUUGGAGCGGAGGCUGAUGCGACAGGGUAUUCUGCCAAUUGGCUCUCGUCGACGUCGUGCCGCGUUACAGGCGACAUCUAGCGUGCCUUUCGAACAGCUGCCCUAUCAAUGCUUCCAGGAGGCCCGCAAGGUCCUGCUUUCGGAUCGGGAGGAGAAAUUGAAGGAGAUCACAACGACUAGCGAGAAGAUCGCGAAGAUCCAGGCCCUGCCGGAGGAAGAGCGAACGAAGAACUCUAACCAUUCGCGACUACGCGCGUUGGAGCUACAUCUUGAGAGGCUCAAGGUUCAUGCCGACAUCAACGACCCUCUGGUGAAGAAGAAGUUUGAGGAUGGCGAUGGUGACAUGAGCAAACCUAUCUACCGCUACCUCGCCGACCAGAAAUGGAGAGAGUACCGCCGCAAGAUUCUCGUCCAGCGAAUCACCCAGAUGAAAGUCAUUCCUGACGUCCUUCCCCACUGCGACCCGAUUGUUGAUACCAAGCUUUACUUUGGCCGUAAAACUGUGCCACCUGGAGAGUUUGUCAACUCUCAGGCUAGCAGCGUCGCCCCCAAGCUCGACAUCCAACCGUUUGACGGUGAAAACAGGCUGGUGACAAUCGCCGUCGUGGACUCCGAUGUCCCCAACGUCGCAGAGGACACAUUCGACUACAAGAUGCACUACCUUGCCGUCAACAUCCCUAUCUCGGCUCUCAACACCAAGGUCGACCUCUCGCAGCUGUCGACAGAGUCUCAGGUCGUCCUGCCUUGGCUUCCCCCGGUUGCUCAGAAGGGCAGCCCUUACCACCGACUGUCGCUCUUCGUCAUGGAGCAGAAGAACAACACACCUUUGGACUUCGCGGCCGUCAAGGCCAAGGAGACUGACCGCGACAACAUGCUCCUCCGUACGUUACAAGCUCGCUACCACCUCAAGGCCAUCGGAGCACACCUAUUCCGAACCAUCUGGGACGAGGACACCCGCGACGUCAUGCAGGAGAUUGGCUUCCCUCUGGCGGACAUGGAGCUCCGGCGCAAGCGGAGCGAGGCCCUGCCUUACAAGAGGAGAAACCCUGUCACCAUGCGCGGGUGA